AUGUCCGAGCCAGCGAGUGCAAAUGCCCCGAAGCCGAGCAGCAGCGUCAAGCUCGUGCUGCUGGGCGAGGCUGCGGUGGGCAAGUCGUCGCUCGUCCUUCGGUUUGUCAACAACGAUUUCCAGGAGAACAAGGAACCAACGAUUGGCGCUGCGUUCUUGACGCAAAAAUGCUCUCUUCCUACACGCACGAUCAAGUUUGAGAUCUGGGAUACGGCCGGACAAGAGCGAUUCGCCUCACUUGCCCCAAUGUAUUACCGCAAUGCUCAAGCCGCACUUGUGGUUUACGACGUCACCAAACCCUCGUCACUGACGAAAGCGAAGCACUGGGUUGCCGAACUUCAACGCCAAGCGAGCCCUGGGAUUGUGAUCGCCCUCGUCGGCAACAAGCUGGACUUGACCAACGACAGUGGUGAUGCGUCCGAGAGUGCUGCAACUGAAAACGAGUUUGAGUCGACACCAAACGCAGACGAGGCUGCUGGGGAGGAGGGUGAGGAACAGGAUGUCACACCCGGCGAUGCGCGCAAAGUACCGACGCGGGAGGCGAACACCUAUGCGGAAGAAGAGGGACUGCUGUUUUUCGAGACCAGUGCAAAGACUGGCACGAAUGUGGUGGACGUCUUUACUGCUAUUGCGAAUGCAAUUCCCGAAAGCAGUUUGAAGACUGGCCGGGGCACCGGGGCAGGAACAGGCCAGACUGCGUUGAGCGGUCGAUCGGAGGACUCACGGGUCAACCUGGGAGACCGGAACGCGGCGACCGCCAAGGAAGGCUGUGCCUGUUGA